UAGAGAGAGAAACGUAGAGAGAGAAAGCGUGGAUAGAGCCUAAGAAACAGCGCUGACGCUCUUCUCUUCUCCGGCGACUCUUUUACUUCCUUCUCGUCUUCCCCAAUUCCCCCAAUUUCUCUCUACAGAAUAAAUUAUCUGGAGAUAUUCAUUUCCAGAUUCAUCAGCACAGGCGAAUUCGUGAAUAAAUUCCAGUUAAUAACUGAAAACGCCGACAGGCAGCUGCUUUCCGAUCAAUUUCGAGUUUGAUCCAUUUCGUUUCGGUGUUUUAUUAGUGUAGGUUUGUUUUUCUUCGAUAAAUUCGUGAUCGUUGGGUGAUGGAGAGCCUAAUCGGGAAAAUUCGGAAUUUGGAUGCGUACCCUAAGAUCAAUGAGGAUUUCUACAGCAGGACGCUAUCAGGGGGAUUUAUAACCCUAACUUCGACCAUCGUUAUGAUCCUCCUCUUCAUUUCUGAGCUCAGAUUAUAUCUCCAUGCAGUCACUGAGACAAAGUUAGUGGUUGAUACAUCUAGAUCAGAAAGGCUCCGGAUUAAUUUUGAUGUGACAUUCCCAGCACUUCCAUGUUCUAUAGUCAGUCUAGAUGCCAUGGAUAUAAGUGGAGAGCAACACUUGGAUGUUAGACAUGAUAUUACAAAGAAGAGGAUCGAUGCUCAGGGUAAUGUAAUAGAAACAAGAGCUGAUACCAUCGGUUCCCCCAAGAUUGAUCGGCCUCUACAACAUCAUGGUGGAAGACUUGAACACAAUGAAACUUAUUGUGGUUCAUGUUUUGGUGCAGAAGCGUCGGAUGGUGAAUGUUGUAACAACUGCGAAGAAGUACGUGAAGCAUAUAGAAAAAAGGGCUGGGCAUUAUCAAAUCCGGAUUUAAUUGAUCAGUGCAAAAGAGAAGGUUUUUUACAAAGAAUCAAGGAUGAAGAGGGGGAAGGUUGCAACAUUUAUGGAUUUUUGGAUGUCAAUAAGGUAGCUGGUAAUUUUCAUUUUGCACCUGGGAAGAGUUUCGAGCAGUCAAAUGUCCAUGUUCAUGAUCUGCUAGCAUUUCAAAAGGAUAGUUUUAAUCUUACUCACAAGAUCAACAGAAUAGCAUUUGGAGAUUUCUUCCCUGGUGUUGUGAAUCCUCUCGAUCGUGUAGAAUGGACGCAACACACACCUAAUGCAAUGUAUCAGUAUUUUCUCAAGGUUGUACCAACUGUAUUUAAAGAUAUAGACGGACAUACCAUUCAGUCAAAUCAGUUUUCUGUAACUGAAUAUGUCAGAGGAGCCGAAUUGGGUCGACUCCAAGCUCUUCCGGGAGUGUUUUUCUUUUAUGAACUUUCCCCGAUUAAGGUUGGUAUGCCUUUCCCAAGUAGUACAAGAGAAGGUUUAGAAUUCCAUAACACACAUACAUGCACACGCUCAGGUGACUUUUACAGAGACGCACGUUUCCUUCUUGCACUUCCUCACCAAUAUUUGUGCUAUUAUUGGAGGCAUAUUCACGGUCUCGGGGAUAGUAGACUCUUUGGUAUAUCAUGGCCAUAGAGCAAUCAAAAAGAAAAUGGAGCUAGGCAAGUUAACCUAAUGGUCGACGCAAUGGCACCACAGUGAGUUGCAGUCGGAAUUGGGUCGCAAGCAAGAAGCCGCACUUCAAAGGGGAACGAGCGCACUUUCCAUUGUCUACUCCAUCCUUUAUGUUAACGGACUAACCAUCAUUCAUUACAAUGGUAUAUUAAUCUCAUCCAAAUAUUGUUCCAAGCUAGUUGGCCGUGAGCUAUGUACUUCAAUUAAAAUAUUUAGUUUUUAACAA